AUGACUCCUGGAAAUGACUCUUUCAUGACUCAGUUCAUUUUGGCGGGAUUAACAGAUGAAUCAGAUCUCCAACUCCCCCUGUUCUUCCUGUUUCUAGUAAUGUAUAUUAUCACUGUGAUGGGUAAUUUGAGUUUGAUAAUCCUAAUUGGCCUGAGUUCACACCUACACACCCCCAUGUACUUUUUCCUCCUUAACUUGUCCUUCAUAGAUGUCUGUUAUUCUUCUGUUUUUACACCUAAAAUGCUAAUGAACAUCAUAUCAAAGAAGAAUAUCUCCUACAAAGGGUGCAUGACCCAGCUUUACUUUUUGUGUUUUUUUGGUAUUUCUGAAUGCUAUGUGUUGACAUCAAUGGCCUAUGAUCGCUAUGUGGCCAUCUGUAAUCCACUUUUGUAUAAUAUUGCCAUGUCCCCUAAAGUGUGUUCUAGUCUUAUGCUUGGUUCAUACUUGAUGGCAUUUUUUGACGCCAUGACCCUCAUUGGAUGCAUGCUGAGACUGGUCUUCUGUGAUGCAAACAUAAUUAACCAUUAUUUGUGUGACAUCCACCCUCUCCUCCAGCUCUCCUGCACAAGUACCUAUUUAAUUCAGCUGGAAGUUAUCAUUGCGUCAGGCGUCAACAUUAUUGUGCCCAGUCUCACCAUCUUUAUCUCUUAUGGUCUCAUCCUUUCCAACAUCCUCCACAUCAGUUCCAUGGAGGGCAGAUCUAAAGCCUUCAGCACCUGCAGUUCCCACAUAAUUGCUGUGUCUCUGUUCUUUGGAUCAAGCGCAUUUGUGUAUCUCAAACCAUCUUCUGAGUCCAUGAGUGAGGGAAAAAUCUCUUCUGUCUUUUACACCAAUGUGGUUCCCAUGAUGAAUCCCUUAAUUUACAGCUUGAGGAACAAAGAUGUUAAACUUGCUGUGAGAAAAGCAGUGAGGAGGGCAAAGUUUUGA